AGCUUUGCUUUAGAGCUUCCUGGCUCUUUGGCUUGAAGCCGCCGCUGCGGUAGUGAGCCUGCGUCACUGCAGCUGUCCCGAUGACGACGGAUCUGGGACUGCUGUCAGGUGGCUUGGCUUGGCUUUGGGAGAAGGCUGCAGUGGUAGGCUGCCAUGGAUACAGGACUAGGCACGGGGCGGGCUGCUGACUUCCUGUAAACCGCCAUACGAUGGAUAAAUAUUCUGCAGUCUGAAUCUCUGCCUUCAGCCUGACUGAAGCUGAACAUGGUAGCACUGGUGCUAGGCUUGCUCUGUGAGAGCUGGUUCAUCCUUCAUUCGGUUUCAUUGGCUUAUUUGUGAGAUAUGUGAAGCUGUAUGUUUUGAAACUGCUCAGACAGAAAUAGCAGAAAUAUCACUUUCUGGCUAUUCACUAGUGGCUUGUGAUGGUUGGUAAAGCUUCAGACAUACCUCAGUGGAGGGCAGUACACCUGUGAGGAUAAGAAGAAGUAAAGUGAAUUCUCAUGCAAACGUCAUCUCUGAAUCUGAUCUCGAGAAAAUGGAAAAAUCUGAAACAAAAUUGGAUAUAGAAGAGCCUCCAGGGGAACAAAAAACUUCUAAUAAGAGUAAAACUGUGUAUCUAGCAGAUUCAGUCAGUGAAUUGCAUGCUGAUGGAGAUGUCUCUGAAGCAGAAUCAAAUUGCUCCUCUGUGUCUGGUCUUCAAACACCUUUUAUAAGAAUAACAAGAAGGCGGAAAAUUGUAGUUCCUUGUCAGCCAGAGACACCAGCGAAAAACAGGCAAAGCAAGAAAGCUCUUCCAAAUGAAAGAAGCAAAUGCCAAGAUGAUGAUGAUAUAUCUGAAGCAGAAUCAUGUUCAUCCACUGUUUCAGGAGUGAGAACCCCAAGUGUUCUGAGAACAGCUAGAAGGCAGCAAGUCUGGACCAAUAUAUCACCAGUGUGUGAAGCUCAAACUGAAGAGGUCUCCGAUGCAGAAUCUUGGUGCUCAGGUAUUUCCUUAGAACCAUCAGUUAAGUUUCAACGAAUGACAAGGAGCAUGCGGCUAAAAUUGCAAGCAGAAACAUCAUCACAGUCUGAAAGAAAAAGUGAAGUUGUGGUGGAUGAUGCAAAAUCGCCUGAGUAUGCAGCUGGGUCUCAGACAAUAGUAAUCUCUGACUCUGAACAACCCACAAAAUCUCAUUUAGAUGCUGAGCAAUCAUCCAGUCUAUCAUCGGAUCAGGUAAAUGAGCAACUGAGCUCUUGUAAAACUAAGUGCCAUUCCAGAUCUGAUACCAGCAAUGAGCUAACAAGGACUUCCUCAAGUAGUCCUGAAAAAGUCAUGAGUGAAUGUGCCAAAAAGUCACCUAAGAAAGAGGCACCGAAGAAAGAGAAUUAUGAAGCUGUGGGUAAUGUAGAACUAAAGGCAGAAAUGGAUAAAGAUGCAAGGGAAUCAGAUACACAACAAAUAUUAGCUGCUGUAUAUGAAGUAGCAGAAAGCCCAGAGGAAAUAUGUAAUCAAGCCAUAACAGAAUCCACAAACGUAAUGGAAAUCCAGUUACCUAUAAAGAGUACAGACAUAUGUCCAUAUGAUCACAGAAGGUCUGAUCAAUCUAAUGAGUCCCCAAAACAGACAACUCCUAGUAAAAACAAAAGAAAUCUGAAACCCCAAAGACAAAGCUUUUUGCAUCAUAUAGGAGAAAUAAUAGAUGUGGAUGAGCCAUCUGAAGUAGGUCACUUACAAAAUACUAUCCCAUCACAAACUAUUGACAGCAGUGAUGAAGAUGACAGAGUUUCUCUUGCAAGUAUCAACAGUGAUGGAAGCUCAGAGCAGCCAGUGGCCAAAUCCUCUUUCACUGCAGCCAAAACUAUGAGGCAUGACAGAUGCCCCACUGUGUCGCUUCUUACAAGUGAUGAGACUGACGAAUCUGAAAAUAGUGAUGUGGAAGAAAUGAAUGCCAUGGAAACAACUGCUAGUCGUACUGAUACCAGUAAUCAAAGGGCAUCAGCAGUGGGCAAAUCACAGGAUGGAGGGGUAUUUGUCAUUGAUAAAACUCCCGGCUUAGAUCCCAGCAAAGCAUACUAUUUAGAGGAGGAAGAAGAGGCCGUGACUGAUGAACAAAGUGAGGAAUCCUCAGAGCUGGAAGACAAUGAAGAGGCAUUCAUAGAUGAGGCUGAAGAUAUGUUGAAUGUAAAUAACAAAAUCUUAUCCCUUUCGAGCAGCAUUGAUCCUGGUCUCGAUGUUAAGCAGCUUGGAGGCUUAUACAUUAGCUUUGAUGCAGGAAAGCAGAAGCCUAGGUCUCAUGGAGUUGUGUCACUAAAAGAGAAAAAAAAAGAUGAGCUCUUGAAAAAGAGUAUUAUAACUGCAGAUUUUGAAAAAAAAGAAUGUAUUCCACCCUUAAGAGAAUCAGCCUACCAAUUAAAGAAACAACGUAGGGCAGAGCGAGAGAAAACCACAGGAGAUGGCUGGUUUGGUAUGAAAGCUCCAGAAAUGACAGAUGAAUUAAAAAAUGACCUGAAGGCUUUGAAGAUGAGGGCAGCCAUAGAUCCUAAAAGAUUUUAUAAAAAGAACGAUAGAGAAGGUCUUCCCAAAUAUUUUCAGGUUGGAACUGUUGUAGAUUCUCCAGUCGAUUUUUAUCAUGCUCGAAUUCCCAAGAAAGAAAGGAAGAAGAAUAUUGUGGAAGAACUUCUAGCAGAUUCGGAGUUCAGAAGAUAUAAUAAAAGGAAAUACCAGGACAUCAUUGCUGAAAAGGCAGCUCUUGCAGCAGGCAAGAAAAAUCGGAAGAAGAAGAAAUUUCGCAAUAAUGUUUGAAACAAAGAAGAAUGGACUUAAUUUUCAUAAUUAAUUUAUGUGCAAAUACUGGCCUGCAAUGUAUCAUGACAGCAACAACAGGACAAGAGAGGCAUUGUUUUCCAAACAGUAUUUUGGAAGUGAAAAUGACAUACUGAAAAAGAGUAUCCAGUAGGGACCAUAGAAUUAGACUUCUGAGGAAAAAAGUAAUCAUGUGCAAAAGAAGAGUUCUGAAAAUACAUAGGUUAACUUAAAUUAGAAACCUCAUAAAACUCAAUCUUUAUAUUUGGCUUUUAUAGAAAUGUAUAAAAUCUCUGUACAUUUGCUCAUUAAAAACUUUUUAAGAAUUCACAA